AUGGGGGAGGGGUUCUUUCUUGUCUUGCUGCUGCUGCUGCUGCUGCUGCUGCUGCUGCUGCUGCUGCUGCUUCGUUCCAUCGGCGUUGCGACGGACGGGCUUCUUUGCCUCGCUUCUGAGCCAAUCCGGUCCGAAGAUCGUGUCCAGAGAAGCCACCCUAGGCCCAACGAGCAACGACCAACUUGCAACUUCCGCAUGGACUCACCGGCAGAGACGCCGGCGUCUUUGCCGUCCUCGUCGCCGCUGCAAAUGUUUUCCUCGACCCAGCUCGGCCAGGUCAUGUACACGAAUGCCGUCUACUUUCACAAUGCCUACAUUGCCCGCGACGAGACCCCGGCCAAGCUCGACUAUGGUUGCAUCAACUUGGUCUACUACGCCUACGCGAGCGUCGCCCCAGACGGCAUCGUCAAUCUCGGCGACGAAUGGGCCGACAUCAGGGCCCCCGUCGACGGCGUCGAAGGAGGGCUGGGCUCGUUGAUGCAGCUCAAGCAGCAACAUCGACACCUCAAAGUGCUUCUCUCCAUCGGCGGUCCAGCCGCCUCUGUAAGUCCUUUCCUCUUCCCCGGCGAACAAACCUUCCUCCAGACCUCCACUAACCGACGGGCCAACAAAGUCUCAUGGUGUGUGCCCGCCGAUCCCAUACAGGGCCAAAACUUCCUCUCCCUCGUCCGGGCCGUCCGCGCCAAGCUGCCCGACAAGCACCACAUGGUGACGGCCGCGCUGCCGGCCAACCCGGCCGUGCUGCAGCACAUUGAUAUGCCUGCCGCGGCGCGCGCCCUGAGCUUUGUCAACCUGCAAACGUACAACCUGCAGCACCACACCCAGCCGGGCCGCAGUCUGUGCCCCGCCCAGCUGUACGCGCUGGCCAAGGACGAGCCGUCGGCGUCGACGACCGCCGGCUUUCUCGUCGCCCGCAACUUCCCGGCGCACAAGAUUCUGCUCGGCGUGCCCACCUUUGGCACCACGUUUCCGGGCUGCGAUGGGCCCGCGCAGCCGUACGAGCUGGCCCGCUCCCAAUCGGUCGACUAUGCAGCGCUGCCGGUCGAGGGGCGGCAAGAGGGCAUUGACCGGCGCCGCAUCUCGGCGUAUUGUGCGGGUGGGGAGGAAGGCUUCAUUGCAUAUGACAAUCCCGAUACGGUCAAAGAAAAGGCGGAGUUUUGCAAGCAAAAAGGAUACGGGACGCAAAAGAACGACCGAGGAGCCUCGUCAUGGCCGGGUUCACGACAUUGCACAGCUCAUGAUGCCGAGGGGGAAUGGUCGUCACGGGUCGCGGCGGCGAGGAUGCCGAGCUGA